CGGUCCAAACAGAGCACCUUCCAAGCUACGUUUCCUUGCUUCGUCACUUUGUCUUCCAUAGUUAAUAUCUCAUCUGAUAUAUAUCCUUCUUUAAUAAAGGAACCUUUGGAAUCUUCUCCCUAUCUCUCUCUCUUUCUCUCUGUUUUCUUUCGUCACUCCCUAUCCCUUUCUCUUUGUCGGUCCCCUUCUUCGUGUCACACUUAUUUAUAGUACUAGUACCCGAUCACCAUUCACCACAGAGAGAGAGGGCACAUACAUACACCUUUUCUGAAUUCAUACCUAAACAUGGUGAUGGAGGGGUUAACAGGGCUGAGCCACCUUUUCGUGACCAUGUUUCUUACGGGUUUUGGCGGCGUCAUAGCUAUUCCGGCGAUCACAGAUAUCACCAUGGCUGCACUCUGCCCCGGUCAGGAUGAGUGCUCUCUCGCCAUUUACCUCACCGGUUUCCAGCAAGCUAUGAUUGGAGUGGGGUCAGUGGUGACGACGCCAUUAAUAGGGAACUUGUCCGACCGAUACGGUCGAAAAGCCUUACUCACACUUCCUCUUACUGUGUCGGUCAUUCCUCAAGUGAUAUUGGCAUAUAGCAGGGAUACCAAGUUCUUCUAUGUGUACUAUGUGGUCAGAACUCUUGCUGCCAUUGCAGGCGAAGGCAGCUCCCAUUGCCUAGCUCUUGCAUAUGUGGCAGACAAGGUUCCAGAUGGGAGAAGGACAACAGCAUUUGGAAUACUUGCUGGUGUAGGAUCAGCAGCAUUUGUUGGUGGUACAUUAGCUGCUCGUUUCCUACCCACUGCUUUGAUAUUUCAGGUUUCUGCAGUCUUCUCAAUGAUUGGUUUGGUAUACAUGAGAAUUUUCCUUAAGGAUAGUGUACCUGGUGGUGGCAUGAGGCAGCCAUUAUUGAAGGAGGCUGAGGAACCAUGUCUUGAACAGUGUGCGGAUGAUUCAUCGAACAGGACAACAGGAACAUUUAAGAAACUGCCUUCGUUGGGGGAUGUAAUUUGUUUGCUGAAGUGCAGCCCCACAUUCUCACAAGCAGCGGUUGUUUUUCUCUUCAAUAGUCUUGCAGAUGGUGGCUUGAUGUCUAUAUUGCUGUACUAUUUAAAGGCGCGUUUUCAGUACAACAAGAACCAGUUUGCUGAUUUGAUGAUGAUUACUGGGAUUGGAGCAACUCUCUCACAACUAGUUUUCAUGCCCAUUUUAGUACCUCUAGUAGGAGAGGAGAAGUUACUCUCAACAGGGCUCCUAGUUAGCUGCAUAAAUAUCUUUAUUUACAGCAUAUCGUGGUCAGGAUGGGUUCCUUAUGCUCUAGCAGGUUUCUCUGUUUUUGGUGUUUUUGUGCGUCCAAGUAUAUGCAGCAUUGCAUCGAAACAAGUUGGACCUACUGAACAGGGGAUGGUUCAAGGAUGCCUUUCAGGAAUUAGUUCUAUUGCCAACAUUAUUGCUCCGUUAAUUUUCAGUCCAAUGACAGCCUUGUUCCUGUCAGAAGAAGCACCAUUUAACUUUCCCGGCUUCAGUCUAAUGUGCCUCGGGCUAAUACUGAUGACAGCAUUUUUCCUUAGUCUAAUGAUCCGUGCUGAUCCCCCUAUUGCCAAUGACAAAGUUAGUAGUAACCGCUGCGCGCCUACAUUGGCUUAAGGCUACUAUUUGUACGCAGAAGCCACAAGCAUUAAAUUUUCAGCCUCAUUUUAAUCGGCAAAAUUGUUGUUCAUAACCUAUCAGAAGGUAAAUUAGAAGAAUAAUAGAAGGAACCGCACUAUAGGUGGAUGACAUGUAUGCUUUGACUUGGUGAUCAAGAACAUUCAUAUGGCAGAAUAUACAGAAAGUGAAAGGUGAAGUUGGUUUUGAAAAAUAGUUUAAGGUGAAUCAACUGGUAAAGUACAGAUGUUCAUGCAGAUAUGAAGAGAAAAUGUGGGCUCCUAUUAAUGAGCCAUAGCGUCUGAUCAGUUAUACUUAAGCCUUUCAAACAUAGCAAUGUUAAUUAUUGUAUGUAUAACCCCCUUUAGAUUUAUAUUGUUUAUAUUUCUAGCUAUUAUAUUCUUCCCCAAGUUUCCUCUAGUUAGCUUUCUAGGCACAUUAUUAGUCAAGGACUUUGUAAUUCUGUAUGUGUCAUGUCAUGGAUGAUUAUUUUAAAAGCAUGUGAAUAUGAAUUGUGUAAUGUAAUGAUUGAUUUUAAUUUUAA